AUGUCCUUACCAACAGCGUCCAUCCACUCAGCUGGGCGCUCGCUCCUCAAAGCAUGCGCCCAAGGCUCGCUCUCUAGUGUGAAAACAUAUGCUCCUCAGCUAUACACUACCACUGGUAUCGACAAAAGGGCAGUCCCGCCUCUGGAGCUUGCUAUAGCAACCGCCGCCGAGAACGGCCAUUCCAAUAUUCUCCGCUACUUCUUCACCAAUAUCCCGCGAUGCCAACAAUCGACCGACGGCCCGUGGAAGCCGAAGAUCGAUAUCCAAGAGCGUGAGGUUCCCGAAGAAUGGCAGUCGGCUGUGCUGCUCCCCGACUUCGUCGUCCUGCGCACGAUAAAGGGAGCUAAACCAGCUGCCUUCCAAACACUCAUGGACUUCGGUCUGCCUAUCAACCAUCCAAUGGACAAAAUUGGAUCUCCUAUCACAGUCGCAAUCCAGCGACAAGAUGUAGAGAUGGUGCGGUUUCUGCUAAGCAAGGGCGCUGACGCAAACGAUCAGUACUGGAUCCCCAACGACACUGUCCUGGCACGCGCCGCAUCACUUCCUUCGUUGGAAAUUGUGACCCUCCUCCUCAAACACGGUGCAGACGUCCAGGGCUCACAGGCCCUUAAGGGUGCCGCGGAGAGCGGCCGUAUCGAUGCCGCCACCGUACUGUUCGAACACGGGGCUGACAUCAACGAGGUCUUCCGACAUAACCUGUGGGAUGAUGACGCCAUGAGAGACAUGAUUGGUACAGCGCUGCAUGUUGCAGUUCAGAAUGACCAAGAAGACUUUGUCCGAUUUUUGUUGCAGCGAGGUGCGCGGACAGAUCUGGCUGACGGAGAAGGGUUUACUCCCCGUCAACUUGCACAGGCAGAAGGGAAGACAGAGAUGGUCAAAUUAUUUUGA